AUGGCUACAAUAAUACCAGGUGAAGCAUCGGAAACUGAUGAUGAUGAUAAUGAUUACGAUGAAAAUAGCACGAAAGAAAUUAAUCCUACUAAGCAAAAUAAUGGAGAAAUAAGAAAUUGGAAUUUGAAUGAAGCUCAACAACGAUCAUUGAGUUUACAUGUUGAUGAGAAAUUGGAAGAACGCUGGCGAUCACUUGGUUACAAUACAGUUAAACUUGCUGAACGACAAGCAUUUACGCAACGUAAACAAUUUGAAAUUUUAAAACAAAAUUUAUCCAAUGAACAAAAUUCUAUACAGGCUAUUUCAUCAACUUUUCGUCAAGCUGCCGCAAAUUUAGGACGUGUUGAGUGGAAUUUAUCAUUGUUGCAAGAAGGUGCCAAAUUGAUACCCGACUUUUCAGCUUUCUCAAUUAAUACCAAUUCUUCCAAGGAAUGA